AUGGGCGCCCCCCAGGGACGGUCUAGCGCGCAGCCAGGCGCCGCCGAUCAUGGCGACCUCGAGGCCCCGUGCGAUUCGUCUGAGAAGGACUCCGAAGCACCGUCAUCGUGGACCUUGGGGUCCGGCAAGGCCUUCCCUCCGACUCCCGCCGACGAAGAGAACUAUAUCGUCAGUUUCGAUGGCCCAGGUGACCCGACGCACCCGUACAACUGGAGUCUCUGUACAAAGCUAUACAUCUCUACGAUAGUCUGCCUUGGCACCUUUGUAGCUUCGUUUGCUAGCGCCGUGUUUGCCCCCGCCACGGACGGUCUGGCCGGCGAAUUUGGAGUAAGCAAUGAAGUCGGCAUCCUGGGUACAACGCUGUUCGUGCUGGGCUUUGCCUCCGGGCCUAUGAUCUGGGCACCGGCCUCCGAACUGAUCGGCAGACGACUCCCCUUGACUGUGGGCAUCUUCGGCGGGGCCAUCUUCACCAUCGCAUCCGCCGUCGCAAAGGACAUUCAGACCGUGAUCAUCUGUCGCUUCUUCGCAGGCCUGUUCGGCGCCAGCCAGCUCUCCGUCGUCCCCGCAGUCCUGUCCGACCUCUUCGACAACCGCGGCCGGGGCCCGGCGAUCACCGUAUACUCUCUGGCCGUGUUCGUCGGUCCCUUCAUCGGCCCCUUCAUUGGCGGGUUCAUCUCCUCGAGCUACCUCGGCUGGCGCUGGACGCUAUACAUCCCCUCUUUCAUGGGAUUCGCCCUGAGCACCGUGUUCGCGCUGACCCUGAAGGAGACAUAUGCGCAAUGUAUCCUGAUCCCCAAGGCUGAGUCCCUCCGCCUGGAGACCGGGAACUGGGCCAUCCACGCGAAGCAGGAAGUCGUGAAGGUUGACUUCCGCCAGCUGGUAGAGAAGUAUUUGACCCGGCCAGUGCGCAUGCUGUUCACCGAGCCCAUCAUCCUGGUCGUGUCCAUGUAUAUGUCAUUCAUCUACGGGCUCGUGUAUGCCCUGCUGGUCGCCUACCCCUAUGUAUUUGAAUCGGUGCACGGCAUGAACGCCGGGCUCAGCGGUCUGACGUUUUUCGGCCUCGUCAUCGGCCAGCUGCUCGGCUGCACUUUGGUCCUGCUGCAGCAGCCCGCAUACGUGCGGAAGCUGGUUGCCAAUAACGACGUCCCCGUUCCCGAAUGGCGUCUGCUGCCGCCCAUUAUUGGUGGGCCCGUCUUCACCGUUGGCGUUUUCUGGUUCAGCUGGACGGCCUUCACACCGUCUAUUCACUGGCUUUCGCCCACCGCUGCGGGCGUGCUGAUCGGCUUCGGUAUUCUGUGCAUCUUCCUGCCGUGCUUCAAUUAUCUGGUGGAUUCCUACCUGCCGCUGGCUGCGUCCGCCGUGGCGGCUAAUAUCAUCCUGCGAUCGACCGUGGCGGCGGGAUUCCCGCUGUUCACGAAGCAGAUGUUCCAGAAUCUGGGGAUCCAGUGGGCCGGCACCUUGAUUGGGUGUUUAGCCGCGGUCAUGAUCCCCAUCCCGUUGGUGUUUCGGCGCUACGGACCGCGUCUGAGGGCCAAGUCCAGAGUUGUAUGA